UUACAGAAACCUGUAACGCUCUAUCAAUUUUUUUCGAAUUGUUUUGGUAUUGACUUGUGAGAUUCGAUCGUGAUUUUGGUGCUUAUAGUAAAUAAUGAACCGCGUUAACAAAAUUCGCCAGGAAAAAACCCACGUAUCUAACCCAGAAAAUGACCCAGUGCAAGUUUUUUGCCGGCUUCGCCCCCCGAAAGCCAACGAGGAAUCCACGUGCAGGUUACUAUCACCAACGACUCUCGCAUUCACCACCACGGAUUCCAAAAUAACUCGCAAGGAAAUCCACUACAAAUUCAGGCACAUUUUUACCAGUUUCGCCACCCAAAAUGAAGUCUUCAAAUACGUGGCUUAUCCACUGUUGGAGGAUUUGCUCAAAGGUAAAAACGCGUUGCUUUUCACGUACGGGGUCACCGGGUCCGGGAAAACUCACACUCUAACCGGGGACCACCACAAUCCCGGGAUUAUGCCCAAAUGUAUUCACACGAUUUUUAAUUCGAUUUCGGCUUUCCAAGCCCCCAAGUGUAUGAUUAAGUCGGAUAAGAUGAACGGUUUUGAGGUGCAAUCACAACGCGAUGCCAAACAAGACGAGAUGGAUUUGCUAAAGGCAUCUUCAAGAACUGCAAAGAAAAAUCGGAAGGACAAGACUUACGUAAAUGACGGUACCAAAAUAAUUGAUAUUAACGAGAGCACUUUGUAUUCGGUCUUUGUGAGUUAUUUUGAGAUUUAUAACAAUAAAGUUUACGAUUUGUUGGAUGAGAACUGUGGAACCCGCCAAGGUAAGAUACUGCGCGAAGACUCGAAUAAAAAAAUGUACGUCAACGCAGUCGUUGAGACUGAAGUCAAGUCAGCCGAAGAGGCGUUCGAGUUGUUCAACUUGGGCCAAAAACGAAAAAAAACGGGGAACACAGUUUUAAACUCAGUCUCAAGUCGGAGUCAUUCCAUUUUAAAUAUCCGAGUUGUCCAGUUACCACAGGGAUGUCCUAGGGACCUCCUCAUCUCUCAGUUGAGUUUAGUUGACUUAGCCGGUUCCGAGCGCACAAACCGGACGCAAAACACCGGCCAGUUACUAAAGGAAGCAAGUCAAAUUAACAACUCCUUGAUGUCCUUAAGGACGUGUUUAGACAAUUUGAGGGAAAACCAAACAACGGGAGCCAACCGAUUAGUGCCAUAUCGCAGCAGCCGUCUGACUUUACUUUUCAAGAAUUACUUCGAGGGCGAAGGCCGCAUCGAAAUGAUCGUUUGCGUCAACCCUUCAGCCGCCGACUUCGAGGAAAAUCUGCAAGUCAUGAAGUUCGCAGAGUCCGCACAGGAUGUUAAAGUGGCGCGUUCUGAAUCGAAAUUUACUUCUUCCGGAAGCUGUCCAAAGACUGUCACACUUGCGCAAAUUCCCAAAAUCAACUUGCGCGAUGAAGCUCUGGCUGCUUUGGAGCAGCUGAGUGAUGCCUUGAAAACCCGAUUUGAAACAAUAAAACACUUGGGUUCAUUUCUGGACGAGGAGGCUCGUUUCAGGAAGCGGCUGGUUGACGUGGAGCAGGAGAACGUUUGGGGAAAAUCGGAACUGGAGACCACAAAGGUACUGUUUAGAAAGGAAAGACAGAAAUUUUCCAAUGUGAAAGCGAAAUUGGCCGAUGCGGAGGCCCGCGCUGAGGACUCACAAUUGAAAAUACGGGAGUAUCAGGACAAGAUAGCCUCCUUGAGGAACGUCGUAGCGAGGAAAAAUUUAAAAAUCAAAAACACCAAUGUCCAGGAUGUUUUGAUGAGGGGACGUCAACGCGAGCUAAAAGAACAGAAUGUGGUGGAGACGCCUAAGCAACAGACGAGGAGAUAUGUGGGGACACCAUGUCCAAGCAGGAGGAGGUCUAGAUCGGCAGAAUCAACAGAGGUCUAGUUUGAGCACAAUUCGGUUGAACCGGCACCACAACCGUCAAGUUACAAAAAUAAGUAGCUAGUGAUAUUUCUAAUGGGAACUGGGUAAAUAUUGAGUCAUCGAGUCAUCGCACAAGAACAUAUCUACAAUGGGAAUCUCCAACGGCUGACGCGGUUUAAUUGUAUAUUCGAUUUUAUUGUUAUUAUUGUAAGCACUAUUAAAUUUGUUAUUUGUUGUUUUAUCUAAGCUGUAUAAAAAAUGUUGUAAGUAAUAAAUGUUUUGGGGUUGCUUUA